AGGAUGAAAUAUUUUGUUCAUCGGUCUCUAAAAUCAGGAAUCAAGGGAUCGUCUCUCCCAAUUUAUUGGAAAUUCUGUUACUUUCAUGUCGUUUCAGAGUCUGAAAGAGACUCUUAAACCCUGCAAGACCCUUUCCUCAUCGGCCUCUGCACCCACUUCUCCUAUUUCUUCAAAACCCUCGCUCUUCCAAGGUUCUGAGGUUAAUUUCCUUAGAAAACCCCCAAAAUCCUCGCUCUCUUUGCAGCUUCUUCGCCUACAGGAUUCCUUUCCCCCUCCUCAAGAUCGAACCCAAUGUCGAAACCAGCAGACCCAGGUUGGGGUUGAGAAAGGGGAAAAGGAAGAGAAGGGCGUGGAGGGGCCAGAACCAGACGUGUUGAAGAGAUGCCAAUUGGGUCAGUUCCAAUUUGAUCAUGCAGGGCCAUUUGAACCAUUGAUUUUGUCAUCGAAGGAUGAGACCCCGCUCGUACAGGUACCUUCAUCCAUUAAUUGUAGGUUGCUUGAACAUCAAAGAGAAGGUGUCAAGUUCUUGUAUGGUUUAUACAAGAACGGCCAUGGUGGCAUUCUUGGAGAUGACAUGGGGCUUGGAAAAACAAUUCAAACUAUUGCUUUCCUGGCUGCUGUAUAUGGCAUAGAUGGAGAUGGAAUCCAUAAGGAAAUUUGUGGAAAGAAAAAGGGUCCUGUACUAAUAGUAUGCCCCACUUCAGUAAUCCAUAAUUGGGAGAAUGAGUUCUCCAAAUGGGCAAACUUCAGUGUUGCAGUUUACCAUGGGGCAAACCGCGAGUUGAUUCAUGAUAAACUAGAAGCAGGUACUGUCGAGAUACUUAUCACUAGCUUUGAUACGUACAGAAUCCGUGGUGGUAUUCUUUCAGAGGUCACAUGGGAGAUUUUGAUCAUUGACGAGGCUCAUCGGCUUAAGAAUGAGAAAUCGAAACUCUAUAGUGCAUGUGCAGGAAUAAAAACCUUGAAGCGCUUUGGUCUUACUGGAACUAUAAUGCAGAAUAAGAUUAUGGAACUAUUUAAUCUCUUCGAUUUGGUUGCACCUGGAUCGUUAGGUACUCGGGAACAUUUCCGUGAGUUCUACGACGAACCCCUUAAGCAUGGCCAAAGAUCAACUGCUCCUGAAAGAUUUAUACGGAUUGCAGACAAGAGAAAACAAUAUUUAGCCACAAUUCUUAAAAAAUAUAUGCUAAGAAGGACAAAGCAAGAGACUAUUGGGCAUCUUAUGUUGGGAAAGGAAGAUAACGUUUUAUUCUGCGCCAUGAGCGAACUACAAAAACGGGUUUAUAGAAGAAUGUUACAGCUACCAGAUAUCCAAUGCCUUAUCAAUAAAGACCUUCCUUGUGGCUGUGGGAGCCCUCUCACUCAAGCAGAGUGUUGCAAAAGGACUGUACCAGAUGGAAUUAUCUGGCCUUACCUGCAUAGAGACAACCCAGAGGGUUGUGAUUCAUGCCCCUUCUGUAUCGUUCUCCCGUGUCUCGUCAAGCUUCAACAGAUAAGUAAUCAUCUGGAGCUGAUUAAACCAAAUCCUAAGGACGACCCUGAUAAACAAAGGAGAGAUGCAGAAUUUGCUUCCAAAGUGUUUGGCGCUGACGUUGAUCUUGUUGGAGGCAGCGCUCAGAAUGAGAGCUUCAUGGCCCUUAGUGAUGUCAGACAUUGUGGAAAAAUGCGUGCUUUGGAGAAACUAUUUUCCUCUUGGAUUUCACAGGGCGACAAGAUUCUUCUAUUCAGUUACUCUGUCAGGAUGCUUGACAUACUGGAGAAGCUACUUGUGCGGAAAGGUUAUUCCUUCUCGAGACUCGAUGGCUCCACUCCAACCAACUCGCGUCAAACUCUUGUUGAUGACUUCAACUCAAGUCCAAGCAAGCAGGUGUUCCUAAUAUCUACUCGAGCUGGUGGCCUUGGAUUGAACCUUGUCAGUGCAAACAGAGUGGUGAUCUUUGAUCCAAAUUGGAAUCCUGCCCAAGACUUGCAGGCACAGGACAGGUCGUUUCGGUUUGGGCAGAAGCGGCAUGUUGUCGUUUUUCGCCUGCUUGCUGCUGGUUCAUUAGAAGAACUUGUAUACUCUCGUCAAGUAUACAAGCAGCAGUUAUCGAACAUUGUUGUCUCGGGGAAAAUGGAGAAGCGAUAUUUCGAAGGCGUUCAGGAUUGUAAAGAAUUCCAAGGUGAGCUUUUUGGCAUCUGCAAUUUGUUCUCAGAUCUCUCCGACAAGCUCUUCACUAGUGAGAUCAUUGAGAUGCAUGAGGGACGAGAAACAAAAGAAGGGCACGCCCCGAACCCGAAUCAGAACAUCUCCAAGGCUGGUAGUUCUGUUAUUUUUAAAGAAACCGACGCAGUCGGUUCUAUAGAAACCCGAAAGCCAACUCAUCCAGGGAAAACUGCCACAAUUAAACCUACGCUUGAAGACUUGGGUGUCGUAUACGCACAUAGGAACGAAGACAUAGUCAAUUAUGGACCGGGAACGCAAGAAAAAAUGGCAUUGCCAACGACACAAGAUUGUGCACUCGGGCAGCCACGCGUUCCUGAGAUAAAGAAGAGAAAACUGGAUAAUAUUGGUGAGAAAGAUGAUGGUUUCUCGUCAACCAUGGAUUGGAAGAAGGUCCAAUAUCGAAAGCUUGCUGGAUUCAAGGGAAUGGGGGAGCUGGAGUUCAGCAAAUGGUUACUAUGUGCAACUCCAUUGCAGAGGGAGAAAGUACUUGAAGACUACAAGAAGAGAAAGGAGAAGAUACCAAAUGGCUGAGGUCGCUCUUCAAAUGCAGGUUUCAUCUCUGUCUCUUUGUACAAAUUAGCCAUAGUUUAGCUGAGGUAGAGAAUCAGGUUAGUUGUAAUAAGACUAGACCAAGAUAAUAAAGAACCCCUGAAUUUAAGUCUAAUA